AUGAAACUUAUUGUCCCUGCCACUUCCAUCUCCGUGAUUAUCUUGGGUGACCUGAUACCCACCAUCCGCGCCCAAGACGACUCUAACUCACCUGCUGGGGCACUCGCUGGGCUCGUCCACGACCCGAGUGGUGGCCACUGCUACCAGGCUGCCGGUACUGGAUAUAUGUGCACGGCCAUCUCCGACUCUGGGAAUGAUGUCAGUGUGGUCGCAGUCUUGAACAGGUCGCCCUUAACUGGCAGAGCUGGCAUGGAGUCUGGGUUUUGUGGAGUGCCAUUUACUGUCAGUAUGCUGGGUCCGUUGGCAUCACAUCAUGAGUAUCACUCAUGA